AAGCCUUGUGAAUACACAAUUAACUUAUACGAUCAACUCUCUUAAAUGGAGCAUAAAGCAUCAAAUUCUUACGGUAACCAUAGCUAUCCAAGCACCUUUGUGUGUUGACAACUAUAAUGACAAAUUUUUGAAAGAAGGGGGCAAUGAUUUAGGAGAAGAGAGAGUGGUGGAGGACAAAUGCAUUAUCCAAACGCAUGUUGUUAUACAAAAAUGUACAAACACAUCCAAAUGUACAAGCAGGCGGGCACCUAAUAACAACAAGUGCACACGACAAACAGAAGAAGCUAGCCUCAUUGAUUGAAUUGCAUUUGCAUGCCUACCGGCCUCAUCGAUACUUCCAAAAACAGCACCAGCCUUCAUGCUCUUCCCCGCCCUUCAUCUCUACUCCUCCUCUUCUUCUCCAUUUUCACACGCCGACCUUUCUGGUCGAUCAUCACCAACGUGGCUGCUGCAAUAUUUCUAUUUCGCCAUUUCUUCUUCUUCUUCCAUGGCCUCCAAGCGUUGUUCCGUAGUUGACCUCGCCGCCGCAGAGGACCCAUCCUUCAAAAGGCAGUGCCAUUUCACUUCUCCGGCGGGCCCCUCCCUCUCCGGCGAUGAGGAUUACGGGGUGGCGGCACACACCGAGUCAGCCGGUCUCCAUUUGCUCGGUCUUCUGCUGCAAUGCGCGGAGUGCGUCUCGGCUCAUGAUCUCCCCAGCGCCGGCAAUCUAAUUCCGGAGAUCUCGGAGCUAUCUUCUCCGUUCGGGUCGUCUGCGGAGCGCGUUGCCGCUUACUUCGCCGAAGCACUUUCCGCGCGGAUCAUAAGCUCCUUUCUCGGCUCCCACCGGCCGCCGCUCACCAUCGAAAACCUUACCCUAUCCCAAUCUAAAAAGCUCUUCGCCGCCCUUCAGAUCUACAAUUCCGUGAGCCCGCUGGUCAAAUUCUCCCACUUCACCGCCAACCAGGCCAUCUUCCAGGCCCUUGAUGGAGAGGAUCAUGUCCACAUCAUCGACCUCGACAUCAUGCAGGGCCUGCAAUGGCCGGGACUGUUCCACAUCCUGGCCUCACGCAGCCGAAAGAUCCGAUCCAUCAAGAUAACCGGCGUGGGACCCUCAAUGGAGCUGCUGGAGUCCACCGGGCGGAGACUCGCAGAGUUCGCGAGCUCACUCGGGCUCCCUUUCGAGUUCCGGGCGCUGGAGGGCAAAAUCGGGAACCUGACGCCGGACCCGGGCCAACUGGGUGAGACUACGGUGGUGCACUGGAUGCAACACAGGCUGUACGACGUGACCGGGAGCGAUUUAGGGACGCUGAGAUGGCUCACUCUCCUGAGGCCAAAGCUGGUCACGGUGGUGGAGCAGGACACGAGCAGUGGCGGGGCGAGUUUCCUGGGGAGGUUUGUGGAGGCUUUGCAUUAUUACUCGGCUUUGUUUGACGCGCUCGGGGAGGGGUUGGGCGAGGACAGCGUGGAGAGGCACACGGUGGAGCAGCAGCUGCUGGGGCGCGAGAUCAGGAACAUCCUCGUCCGGGAGGAGGAGGAGCCCAGGUGGUCCGAUGAGCUGCAACGGGUCGGGUUCAAACCCGUUUCACUCACAGGUAGCCCGGCUGCUCAGGCAGGCCUUUUGCUCGGGAUGUUCCCUUGGAAAGGAUACACUUUGGUGGAGGAAAAUGGGCGGUUGAGGUUGGGGUGGAAGGAUUUGCCAUUGUUGACCGCCUCUGCCUGGCGUCCCUCCCACAUUCAUUAGCUUUCACCCUCAAACCUUAUUUAACAAAUCCAAUGUGUACAGUGUAAGAACCAAGAAGCCCUCUUCUCUUCUUUAGAGAAGAAACAACGAUCACACAGAUACAAACAAUCAAGACUUUGUAGUAGUUACUGGUUAGUUAGUUUACUCAUUCUUACUAAUGAUAAUAAAUUCUUUUCAAACAUUUUGAUUGUCUCAGUUAUGGAAUCUAGGAGUGGAGAUAGGGGAGGCUUGGCGACCCCUCAAGAAAAAAAGUAUGAUGUAUGUAUAUUUAUGUAUACGUAUUUAUAAGCAAUAAAAAAAUGUAGUGAAAAUUUAAGCUUUGAUCCUCAAUAUGAAUUUCUUACGUCCCGCCCCCUCUAAUUGGCAAUUUUUGGCUUUACCAGUGUUGCUUUCAUUUUUGAACUGUGUAGUUUACAUUU